UACACACACAUACAUAAAGGGUUAAUUAACAAAACAAAAAAUAUAAUUUAAAAAAAUACCCAAUAUUUUGAAAGCUUUUUAACUAGUGGACCAAUAGAAUGUUAAAAAUUCUACCCUUAGCUAAUUUAAGCCAACAGGCAAAAGCCAAAUGUGGCGAAAUCUUUUGUCACAGUUCCACAGACUUCACCAUCUAUUGCAGCUUCUGCGAUAUAAAAGCCUUUACCUAUGAGGAUUUCCUGUUGCACGUACAAAAUGUGCAUUUUGAAAAUAAUAUUUUAAAAACGACAGUAUUUGAAUGUAGACGUUAAGGCGGAAAACAAAGCAGGCAAUUUUAUUGCAGGAGAACAGUUGUGGCAUAAUUUCGAACAAAUACAGGAUGACUCGCAAAACUUUGGGGAUGAUGAUGACUUUGGGAAAGAUGAGUAUGAAGAGGAAAUAGAGACGGUAUUAAAGAAAGAAAAAAAUCUAUUGGAAAUAACAAAAAAACUAUUGAAACGCAAGAGUUACAAAGAGAGCGAUGAAGGAGAGGAUAAUGAUCAUACAUAUGAUGAAGAUUUCAAACAAUAGUUAAAUAAAAGAACCAGUACAAAAGAAGCGACAGAGGAAACCAACUUUAAAUGCAACGACUGUGGAAAAGACUUUAAAAAUCAGGCACUUUUGAAAAUACAUUUUAAACGUAAACAUGAGAAGAAAUCGGCCCAGUGUUUAGAAGAAAACGACAAGCAAGAUCAGGAACAAAUGUGUUCAGAAUGUGUCCCAGUGUUUAGAAGAAAACGGCAAGCAAGAUCGGGAACAAAUGUGUCCAGAAUGUGAACUAUUGUUUUCCAAUAAAAAACAUUUGGAUAAAUAUGUAUUUGCUAAACAUGGUGGCAACAAAUGUGCGUAUUGUGAAAGACGUUUCAAACAUUCUCACCAAUGCAAAUGCCACGAACAAACGCACACCACGGAACGGCUUCUUAUUUGCCCUAAUGAGAACUGUGGCAAGAGUUAUGUAGAAAAUGUCUAUCUAAAACCCCUGGAAAGUUGUGGAAAAGAGUUUGGCAAUCUAUACAUAAACGAAUCCAAAGUUUUGAUUUGUGAUACCUGCGGCUAUAGUUGUCAUGCAAAGGAAACUUUACGGCUACAUCAACGUAUACACACUGGCGAAAGACCUUUUACCUGUGAGGUGUGCUCUAAACGUUUCAUGUCCAAGUCUGCCUUGGCUGAACACAUGCCCUUCCAUUCAAGCAAUCGUCCGCAUGUCUGUAAAGUUUGUGAUGCUUCAUUUGCCCUGCCAAAAGCUCUCCAUCACAGUUAUUUGCAUUCGGAUGUUAAAAAAUGUCGCUGUAAAAUCUGUGACACAGCCUAUAAACAGGCCAACGGAUUGGCCGGUCAUAUCCAUAAACAUCGCGAGGAGGGCAUGAUGUCUAUGUUGCCCGAACAACAAACUAUGUCAACGGCGCCUACAGCUGUGGCUGUUCCAGCUAGCUACGCGUUUUUGUCAUUUUAGUUUAAUUUGUACAGUAAAAAAAAAACUAUUUAAAAGUACAAUUUUAAUAAAAUAUUUAUAAAACGUUUCAAUUGUAAACUAAAUUUUGUUAAAAUUUCAACUGUUUAAAAAA